UGGAUGGUUCCAGUGGGGAAAGAUUAGACUCUUCAGAAGCUAAUAGACUAGAGCAGAAUCCAGAAGACCAUACAUCAGAAGGGAGGGAAUCUACAAUGGAAGAACACAAGGACAAUCAGCUAGACUAUGAGUCAGAGAAAGUGGAAAUCUUAAGACUGGUCCAGUCAAAGAGGAACAUUAACAGUUUGAACAUGGACCUUGAAAGGGAUAUGCAGAGAAUAGAUGAAGCAAAUCAGGAACUUCUUCUCAAAAUCCAAGAGAAAGAAAAUGAGAUUCAGAGGAUGGAAGGUGAGAUUGCUCACACCAGAGACUUGGCUGAAGAUGAAGAAUGGGAAAAGGAGAACCACACCAUGAUAGAGAGGGAAAAAGCCUUGCAGGAGCUGGAAGAAGAGACAGCCAGACUUGAUAGGAAGAAUGAGACUCUGGUCCACAGUAUAGAAGAACUUCAAAGAAAGCUUACAAGGAAAUCACAUAAGGCAACCAAGUGUGAACAAGAAGAUCUAAAAGGAACCCCAGAAGAGUCAAAGGCUAAGUUAAAACAGCUGGAAGCUUCCUGUGCAGACCAAGAGCAAAAGCUGACAAAGGUAAUGGAAAACUACACAUUUGUGGCACAGCUCUGUGAAGAUCAGGCCCUCUGCAUAAAGAAGUACCAGCAAACUCUGAGGAAAAUAGAAGAAGAACUAGAGACUCGGUUCCUUGAGAGAGAAGUAUCAAAAGUCUUGAGCAUGAAUUCUGCAAGAAAAAAGUGUAACAGCCAAAAUAAUAAGGAUGAUUCUCUCCAAAACAAGGGAACUUGGUUCUGUAAAAGGUUUUUUCAAUAUGUCUUUUCCACCACCCUAUUUUUCAUCAGACUGCUGGGCUACUUGUUUUUCCACAUAUGUUUUAUAAAUCCAGAUCUCCUUAUCAACACACUGCCCAAGAUAUUGAGCAGGGGCAUUCUGUGGAAGCUAAGAUGCUUCCUCUUUCCAUCUCUCACACUUGAGACAGAGGACAUGUUACCCCACUGAUACAUAAGAAAUAACCUUGAGCAAAAGAAGAAAAGUGGUGUCUGAGUCUGUAGACUAAGAGACGGCGGAAUUUGCGGAGGGAAGAGGUUUCCUUCAGCUUUUCCCUUCAGGUCUGUCUACUUGAUUAUCUUCCAUCUCCAGUUGUCUUUCCAAGAUUGAUCUUGCCCAGUAGAAAGCUCUGUCAACAGAUUUCUAGGACUACAGGAUAAGCUAAAUAGCACCAGACAGUAAACAAACUAGACUACUUGGGAAACAAUGUCAUAGAUGCUCAGCAAAGUUAGAAUUGAUAUAUUCUUCUAGAAAAUCUUUAAAAUCUGAGAGACUGGAUCCCUGCAAUGCAGAAGAUUGCUCACUACUUAUAUUAGAACUCUUUGGUUAUAAGUGACCUUAACUUAAGCUAAUUUGUAAAUUUGCAGAAAUAAAGGGGGGGGGGCAGGGGUAUUGCCUCAUGGAACUAAAAAUCUGCAGUUUCUGGCAUGGCUGGGUCCAGGAGUCUCAAAGCAAUACCACUGGGAUUUCCCCACUCUCUCUUUGCAUUGGCAUUCUCCUUUUAGUGGAAAGAUAGUGCCAACAACCUAAGUCCCAUAGUACAAGAUUAGCAGCCUUGGUAGAAUGAAACCAUCUUUUCCAAUAGCUACAGCAGACAAUUUCAGAGAAACUGCCUUAGCUGGGGUCAAGUGCCUACCCCUGCCCCAAACUCAGUGUGGCCUAAGGAAUGGGAGUGCUCUGGUCAAGCAUGAAUCUGUGAAAUCACAUUUCCAACCUCUUAUAAGGGAUAGAGGAGGUUAGGGGGAAAAGAGUUAAGGAAGUUAACUCCACCUAAACUCAAUGGAAUGUGUUUCUGUAAGAAAAAGGGCCUCUCUUCCCUCAAAAAAAGAGAAAGGGAUACUGAGCAGGCAAAAGCAGAUGCCCAUUUAAUCACUAAUUUUAGCUUUACAUGUAAACAACCAACUUGAUCAAUUAAACAAAUUCUUAAAGCUA